UUUUGGGUCCCCAAAACGGAAAGCUGCUCUCAGUCCUCCAUUUCUCAGCGCAGUGUGUUGUCUUCACUGUAACUGAUGCAGAGGAGCCAAGUCACAACAAAGCUCUCUGCAUCGUCCCCAUUUCUUCUUCCUCCGAUCUCUGCCCUCAUUUUCCCUCACCACAACCACCAUUACGUUUUCACUCUCUAAACCCCAAACACAAAACCCCAAAUCAUAUCCUCCCAACUAAAAAUCUAACCAACCCCCCAUUUAACUUAAACAAAUAGCCCAAAAAAAAGAAAAAAAAAGAAAAGAAAAAAACCCUACCUGAAAAGAAACGGAGUCAACAAACCCACAUGGAUCUGUUCAUUCUCAGCUUCUCUCUCACUCUAUUUUCACUUUCAAAAGGAAUUUCAGGAGCUACAUUCACUUUUGUCAACAAAUGCGACUACACAGUAUGGCCCGGCAUUCUCGCAAACACAGGGAGCCCAAGCCUCGACUCCACUGGAUUCGAGCUCCCUCAAGACUCCUCACGCACAUUCCAGUCUCCAACCGGCUGGUCGGGCCGGUUCUGGGCCCGAACCGGCUGCAACUUCGACGGAUCCAACCCCAUUUCAUGUUCCACAGGCGACUGUGGGUCGGGUCAAGUCGAAUGCAACGGUUCCGGAGCCUCCCCGCCUGCGACUCUAGCCGAGUUCACACUCGGGUCGGGCGGACAGGACUUCUACGACGUUAGUUUAGUUGACGGGUACAACAUUGCGAUGAUAGUGGAAGCGAGUGGCGGGUCGGGUAUGUGUGCGACCACCGGAUGUGUGACCGACUUGAAUUUGCGAUGCCCGGCUGAGCUCAGAGUGGGGGAGGGGGAGGCGUGUAAGAGCGCGUGUGAGGCGUUUGGGAGCCCCGAGUAUUGUUGUAGCGGCGCGUAUAACUCACCAGCUUUGUGUAAGCCGUCGGUGUACUCGGAGUUGUUUAAGUCGGCUUGUCCGAGGUCGUAUAGCUACGCUUACGAUGAUCCGACGAGUACGUUCACGUGUAUGGGUGCUGAUUAUACUGUCACAUUUUGCCCCUCCAUGCCCAGUCAGAAAUCUACUACAGAUUCCCCAUCAACACCAAUAACAACUACACCUACUACUACUUCCACUACAACAUCAGCAGAUGGCUCAGGAUCCGAAACAAUGGACUCGGGUUCCGGGUUCGGAACAAUGGGGUCAGGUUCAGAAAUAAUGGGUUCGGGUUCAGGGUCAGGAUCUGGAGGAGCUAUGUUGGCUGAUGGGUCAUGGUUAGCUGGUUUGGCCAUGGGUGAUUCGACCCGGAUUCACUCUCCCUGUGCUGCUUUACAUUCUGCACUCAUUGCCUCAGCAACUUUCUCUUUUCUAUUACUAUCUUUUCUUUACUUGUAGUCUCUCCCAUCUCUCUCUGUCUCUCUUUUUGUCUCUUUUUGCCUUUUGGUAGGAAAGCGGACAGAUUCAUCCAGAUUGUAAACCACCAUUCACUUUCCCCUACCAAAUUUUGAGUGUAAUAUGUGUAAAAUGUGUUUGAUUUGGAAUUCUACACUUUUUUUAAGGUUUUGCUAUUGUGAGUGUAUUUUUUGUUUUUUUGUU